AUGGGUAAUUUUGGGAGUCGUAAGAAAGUAGGGAAAUAUGGACUGGAAGAUCAGGGAAAUUAUCGUAGAAUUAAUCAACUAAGACACAACUCUUAUGAUUAUCUAUCAGAGGAUGAAAAUUAUGUUGAGCUAGAAAAGGUGAAGAAUGAAUAUACAGUGAAGAUUGAGGAAUGUAAAGCUCGGAUAUAUGACUUACAACGAGAGGUAGCUCAUUAUCAGGUGUUAGCGGGCAUAGAAAAAUUAACACAGGAAGCUUUAAACCAAGCUCAAAUUGCUGGUGAAGAGGAGCAGCCAUUUUCUACCUACCAAUUGAAUGGAUAUGAAAACGGUUCCAAAAGUGACCUAUAUGAACCUGGCGAAAGGAUAAUAGCACUGACAGGGACACCUCAGCGUAAUAAUACAUUGGACUACAAUAAUCAAAUAACACCAGAAUGUGUUCGUAAUGCUUCCAGUUUUCCUCAAAGGACAACACCAGAAGAUCAUCAGUUCCCUCCCCUUCACCCCCCACCUGAACUUGUCCCCACCCCCAAGAAACCAAUCGUUUCACCUUUAGGAAAUGUUGUGCCCCCUAAAGACUCUACUAGUGCUUCCAAUGUCUCUGAUGGUGUUCACCCCCCUCCCGCUCCGUCGUUAUCAGAGGGGCAGAAGAAAUACCCCCAAUCAGGCCCAUUUGAGCCGAAUGUGUCUCAAACACCUCAGUCAGCCCCACCUCCACCUCCACCACCAGCCAUUGGGGGUGGACCACCUCCUCCUCCACCCUUACCCCCAGGGAUGGGUCCACCACCACCACCUCCACUACCAGGAAUGGGGCCACCCCCUCCCCCCCCAUUACCAGGAGCACCAGGUUCACUUAUCAAAGCUAAAGGUCCAUCCAAGCCAGUGAUUAGUCCUAAAUCUCCUAUGAAACCAUUAUUCUGGCAACGUUUACAAGUCCAUGUAUUAAAACAACGAGAGAAGAAAUUAAAUGAACAUAGAUUAUUUUGGGAGAAAGUUGAAGAACCACAUAUAGAUCUAGAUGAGUUUGACUCUAUGUUCUGUAAACUACCAGUAGAGAAAAAAACUAAAACUAACAACACUAAAAAGAAAGAUAAAACCAAGCAGGUGGCUAAAAUUAUUGAUGCUAAACGAUCUCAAACUAUUGGUAUAUUUUUAUCUAGUUUAAAAUUAGAAAUGGCUGAUAUUGAAAAUGCUAUAUUAAAUUUAGAUACCUCAGUUAUAGAUCAAGAUAAAUUAAAAACUAUUUAUGAUAUGAAACCAACAGAUGAUGAGAGUAAAAUGAUUAUUAAAUUUAUCAGUAAAAAUCCUGACACUCCAUUAGAUAAACCUGAUCAGUUUUUACACGAUCUAGUCCAGAUACCAGAUUAUUCUGAAAGAAUAUUUUGUUUUAUAUUUCAAUCUACAUUUCAAGAGGAGAUCUCAGUUAUUGAUUCAAAACUUCACAAUUUAAAAAUGACUUGUGAGGAUUUAACAGAAGGAUCUGGUGUUCAGAGAAUAUUUGGUUUAAUUUUAACGUUUGGUAAUUAUAUGAAUGGUGGAAGUCGAACACGGGGACAGGCAGACGGAUUCGGACUGGAAAUAUUACCUAAAAUAAGAGAUGUGAAGGGGAAGGAUAAUCGAACCAGUCUACUACAAUAUGUAGUAUAUAAAUAUAUUGAACGUUAUGAGAGAGAGGAUGCAGGGACAGAUCAUGUAAAGCUCCCUCUACCAGAUCCUAGUGACAUCAGUCAGGCUUCUCUCGUUAAUUUCGAUGAUAUCAAAAAAGAUUUGAAACGAAUUAAGAAAGAUUUUGAGUCUGCUGAGAAGAGAGCAGAGAAAGUGUUACAAUCAAAAGAAUCAGUUAACUGUAAAGAACCAUUUAGUACUGUCAUGUCUACAUUCUUUGUUAAAGGAAAGCAGGAAUUUAGUGAACUAGAAGAGUUGUUACAGGAAUGUUUUAAAAAAUUUGAGGAAACUGUGAUAUUUUUUUGUGUAAAAGCUAAAAGUGGUGAAAAGGAAGUGACACCAGGUUAUUUUUUCUCAUUUUGGUCGAGUUUCUGUCAAGAAUUUAAAAUUUGUUGGAAGAAAGAACAACAGAAAAUAGUUAAAGAAAGAAUCAAAGAAGCUGAGAACCAUGUUAAACGAUUAACAGAAGAGAAAAAAAUGAUUUUAGUUCAAACACGAUCCAAAAAAGCUGGAGGACUGAAAGAUCGUUUGGCGAAGCAGGGAAUGUUUUAG